AUGUCGCAAGCACUGAAUGCAAACGUCCCUCUAAUGGGUACUACGCUUCUCGAUCCUGCUACAGUUGGAGUCCACUAUUAUGACUCUCGCAACCUUUCCGACUACAGCGCUCAUUUCAGUCCGCCUCAUAUGGACAGUGGAACAUUGACAAUUCUAUUCCGGUCUCAUGACGAGACCGACGGCUUGGAAGUCGCUGAUCUCGAAACGACAGAGAAAGAAGACAGUAAGGGGGUUGGAUCGGAGGCAUCUUUUAUACCGGUUCCUACUCCAGGAGACGAAAUGACUGAGGUGGUCGUCUUCGCAGGCACGAGACUCCAGCGUUUACUUGGGCGGGACCGAGUUCGGGCUUGCGUACACAGAGUGCGUGGUCCUGGCCCAGAAGGCCAUAAAAGAUUUGGUGUGCAGCGCUUAAGUAUCGCAAUGUUUUGCGCUCCUUCCGUGCCAGCUGCUCCGCCUACCCCACUCACCUAA